UUAUACAAGCUUCAAGUAAUGAUUGAAUCUUGGCCAUGAAAUUAAUUGAUUCAGAAAAUUGGUCGGUGGAAAAAGAGUUGUUGUCAAAAGCAGUUGUUUGGUAAAGAAACUUGUUUCCUAUUUUCCAACAAUGGUUUAAAGUAAUGGAUUUGUAUUAGUGUCAGCUGUGCGUAGCCUGGUAUAGCAGAUAUAUUAGAUACCGUGCAUGAAAGUAAAAGAAUAUAAAGGAAUAAUAUUGGAUGAAUCAGAUUCACAAACUUUCCAGAAUGGUCGUUUUCUGGAUAAGUUUGUCUGUUUUCGUUUGUGCAAUUUCCACGGCCAACGCGUCAUAUCGUACGGAGGAAGCUUUACAUCAACAUUUAUUUGGACGAGGAUACAACAAAAAUAUUCUCCCCACACAAAGGUCGCACGAAUUUAUCAAUGUUUUCCUGGGAAUAUCGGUUAAUCAAAUAGUUGAUUUGGAUGAACAAAGACUAAUGAUGACCACGAAUUUGUGGGUCGACCAGUCUUGGCGGGAUAUUUUUCUUCGUUGGAAUCCUGAAGAGUUUGAUAAUAUCACAAGUACAAGAAUUCCAUCAGAUUUCAUCUGGAUUCCUGGUAUUGUACUCAUGGAAAAUGCGGACGGUAAUUUCACCUCUUCUCAUCCAACUAAGGCAGUCAUACGUUACGAUGGUUUGGUGCAAUGGAGUCCACCUGCAGUAUAUAAAAGCACUUGUCCAAUAGACGCAACCUUCUUUCCAUUUGAUAUGCAAAAUUGUACAAUGAAAUUUGCAUCGUGGUCAUACGACGCAAGACAAGUGAGACUUUAUGCAUCAGAAAAAGCUGUUAGUCUCAGAAAAUUCACUCAUAAUGGAGAGUGGGAUGUGGUUGAUAUACAUGUCAUCAAUUCAGAAGGAGAUAGCUUACAAGAAGACGAGGAAAACUGGUCACACAGUAUCUUCUCGCAUCCUAAAGUAACUUAUUGUUUUAUAUUGCGACGACUACCGCUCUUUUACUGUACAUUUCUCAUUGCUCCAUGUCUUGGAAUAUCAUUUCUUACAUCUUUAGUCUUCUACCUACCCUCGGCCUCACAGGAAAAAAUUACUUUAUCUAUCUCAGUUCUGCUGGCUCAUAUUUUCUAUCUUCUUGUCAUAACUGAAAUAAUGCCAGCAUCGUCGAAGGAUUUGCCAUUACUUGCUGAAUAUCUUUUACUAAACAUGAUUUUUAUCACUCUGUCUAUUGUAUUGACGUCGGUGGUGUUGAAUGUUCAUUAUCGAUCUGAGACGAGUCACAGAAGUCUACCGUCAUUUAUCCGCUCAUUCGUUCUUGAGACGGUUCCUACUUUAAUAUGGAUGGAAAAGCCUGAUCUGACAAUACUUCGAGGAACCUCACUGGAACAAAAAAUGAAAAACGGCUUGCUGUUUAAGAAAGAAAAUCUCAUCAUAGGGCGACAUCUACUAAAAGAGCUAAGAAGAUGUACAAAACUACCUGAUAAUCUUUGCACACAGCUUGGCGGAACGAUAGAAAGUGCGUUUUUCAUUGCAGAAAAAUUGAAACAAAAACUUCAUCACCAACAGGAAUCUGAGGAGUGGAGGUUCAUCGCAAACGUGCUCGAUCGAGUAUUCUUCAUUUUAUUUCUUACUGUGUCUGUAUUGGGAGCCUUGAUUUUGAUUCUGCCGGCAUGGUUUGAUAAAAGCUAUCUGUUGUAUAAACAAAGAGAAUUUGAGACAACGGAACAUGGUAUCGGUUUUGAGACAAAUCUGCGCUAAAAUAAAUUUCCAUUUUACACA